GCUGCAAAAGCUUCUUCAAGCGGAGCGUGCGGAAGAACCUGACGUAUGCGUGUAGAGGGAACCGGAACUGUCCCAUAGACACCCAUCAUAGAAACCAGUGUCAAUUCUGCAGGCUACGCAAAUGCCUCAAAGUCGGCAUGAGGAAAGAAGGGCGUUUGGACUAUGGUUCGGUGCAGCGCGGCCGGAUACCUGUGCCGCAGCACGGCAUUGUCCCGGGCCAAUUCUUCACCAACGGCGACGCGCUCAACGGCCACGGCUACCUCUCCGGCUACUCGUCCUACAUCUCGCUGCUGCUGCGCGCCGAGCCCUACCCGCCGUCGCACUACAACCAGUGCCUGCAGCCGGGCGGCACCAUGGUGAUCGAGACCAUCUGCGAGCUGGCGGCACGCAUCCUGUUCAGCGCCGUGCAGUGGGCGCGUUCCAUCCCGUUCUUCCCGGAGCUGCAGCUGCAGGACCAGGUGGCGCUGCUGCGCUUCGUCUGGAGCGAACUGUUCGUGCUGAACGCCAGCCAGUGCAACAUGCCGCUGCACGCGGCCUCGCUGCUGGCCGCCGCCGGCCUCCACCCGUCGCCGAUGGCCGCCGAGCGCGUCAUGGCCUUCAUGGACGUCAUCCGCAUGUUCCAGGAGGAGUGCGAGCGACUGAAGCAGCUCCGCUGCGACUCGGCAGAGUACAGCUGCAUGAAGGCCAUCGUGCUUUACACCACAGACGCGUGCGGCCUGCAGGACGUGGCGCACAUCGAGUCGCUGCAGGACAAGUCGCUGUCGGCGCUGAUGGAGUACUGUAGCACUCAGUACCCAGAGCAGCGACUGCGCGCCUCCAAGCUGCUACUGCAGCUGCGCACGCUGCGCUCCAUCAGCAGCGACGUCAUCGAGCAGCUCUUCUUCGUGCGCCUGGUGGGCAAGACGCCCAUCACGACGCUCAUCAGGGACAUGGUGAUGAACGGCGUGUCGUCGCAGCAGCUGGUCAGCUCGUGGUCGACGACGCCGCACUGGGCGGCCAGCAUGUGACAUCCGGCCGCCGCCGCCGUGCUGCCGUUUCUCGGGCUCACCUGACCGCAGCCCGGUCACCAAAGACACCGCCCACCUCCGAGACAUCACGCACAUCCGUUCCUCGAUAGUCAAACCAAGUAUUAUUAAUGUAGCGGCGGCGGCGGCGGCGGCGUCAGAGUCGGAGUCGGACGAGGGGCGGGUCUCGCCGGCCGUGGCCAG